AUGAGUGCACUGGCGUCAAAUACCGAUGUGACUCUUCCUCAAUUCCAUGAAAAACCCGGCGCUAAUCCAUCCUGGCAGCGAUUUUUUAACCAGCUUGUUCUUAACCGCAACGAGGCGGAGCUGAGGCCUAGCGAGUGCCUCUUUCUCAGCUACGCGGCCCUCCUCAAGCACGUCCGUCGACUGCAGUCCGCCGAGCUCGAGCGGGAUGCCUUUUUGGUCUCCAACGACAAACUUCAAGCACGGGUGCGGGAGCUGGAAGCGCUCGCCGCCGACAACUCCGUGCACACCGCACACGAGCUCGAGCUCCAGCAGAAGAAAGAUCAGCUGCAGGAAAAGCUCGAGCGGUACAUGGAAAAAGAGAACGAGUUCUACCGCGGGUUAGCGGAGCUAAACACAUGGCAGGGACGCGCCCAAGUCGCGGAAAGCCGAGUCACGGUCUUGGAGGAGGAGCUCAGCCGCCGCACCUCGGAACUGGCGCUGGUGAAGAAGGAGUACGUCUCGCUGCGUGACGAGGUGGAGCUGCUGCGGGACAAGGCAAUUGAGGCGGAGCAGCGCGACCACGAACUCGACGCCGUGCGGCGGUCCUUCGGGACGGCACGGGGAGGGCUGGAGAAUCCCCCAGAGGGCCCCGCACCCGCCCCGAACCGGAUGUCGACGGGGAUGGACCCUACGCGACCCCCCACACGCGUGGCAUGCCGCAUCGACGCCGCACACGCCGGGUCUGGGAUGCGGGCCGUGUGCGUCCCUGACGGCGGCAGCCCGCGCUUCUUCACGGCAGGGUCGGACAAGUGUAUCGGGGUCUGGGACCUCACACAGAGCAAGGUGGUGCUGGAGAAAUCGCUUCCGAGCAGGGGAUUGGUGCUUUCCUUCCACUCGGUAUCACACUACCUGUUGGCGGGGUGCGCCGACCACGUGGUGCGGUUCUGGGAUACGAACACUAUGCGGUCGCUGGAGUUGUCCGGGCAUAGUGAAAAGGUUGUCUCGGCAUGUUUGUCCGCGACCGCGCAACACGCUUUCAGCGCGAGCUCAGAUCAUACACUAAAACUCUGGGAUAUCCGCCGCCGUGAGGUGUUGCGAACGAUAUUGGUCGAAAGUACCUGCAAUGAUUUGAUAGUGAUCAACGACAGUAUCGUGUCCGCGCAUUACAAUGGGUCGUUGGCCGUGUGGGACCGUCGAUCGGCAACGCGGACAUGCGAACUUACGAGUGCGCAUCAAGGACCGGCCACGUGUGUCCGCAUUAGCGCCGAUGGUCAGUUGUGUGUUUCUCUCGGAAAGGACAACAUGCUUCUUGUGCGAGAUAUCCGCAUGUUCAGUUUGACUCUUCGGGCCAUCCGACCACCAAAACUUAUCGUCACCUCGAACUGGACGAGAUUCUCAAUCUCUAUGAACUCGCAAAUUGCUGCUGUAGGUAGUAGCCACGGGGAAGUGCUCGUGCUGGCGCUUUCGCAGACUGUCGAGGAUACACUUCUGUCCAGAGUGAGUAAUACUAUGGGGGCUUCAAACAGUGUGAGCGAGGUAGUCUUGUCAGUCCUAGUGAGUGGCCAUGAGAAAGCGUACGCGGUGCACAGUGUAGCAUGGACUCCAGAAACACCCUCGAGACUUAUCUCAAUCGGGGAAGAUCGGAGGAUUGUAGUCUGGGAAUGA